AUGUCUGAUGGCAGCAAACCUGCCGUGCCUGCAUACGCACAGCAACAUCAACAAAAUAGACUACCAUUUGAAUCAAUGGGCAAUGUAUUGCUCGAUGCGAUGCAAGGAACACUUUUUUGUCUUGAUAAUUCUAAUCGUAUCGUUGGUGUAUCGAAAACAGCGAAACGUUAUUUUGGUUUUGAACAAGCCGAACUUUUGGGUAUAUCAAUAUUGCUACUGAUUGAAGAGAGUGAAAAAGAUGCAUUUUCUAAAUUUCUUAAUAGUCCACCACAACCUCAUGAAACCUAUUAUGCUCGUAUGGCGAUAAAUCUUACCAAUGAAUAUCGUCAAGUCAGAAUUCAACGAAAGAAAAAAACGAAUCUAGAGAACGCCGCCAACGUUCAUUCAACGACAAUACGACGUAAUAGUGCAGUUGGAACAAGCCUUAUAAUAACAAUAGAAGAUUCAUCUUAUAUUGAUAUAACUCUUCAUGAUAUACAUAAACAAGAAUUUUAUACUAAAAUGAAUUUAGUUGGUGAAAUCAUUUUUGAAGAUCAUCGAGGUGCUUUAGUAACUGGUUAUUUACCACAUGAAAUACUUUCAAAAUCCAUAUUUGAUUUUGUCUACCAUGAGGAUCGUUUAGUUAAAUUACAUGCACUUUGGAAAUGUGUAACCACUGGUUCAAGUAAAUUACAAUGGCGUUUAAAUGCACGUGAUGGUUCUAUAGUGUUUCUUCAAACCGAGUAUAAAUUAAUAUCUGAUCCACAAACUUCAGAUAUAAUUAUAGCACGAAAUGAAGUUUUAAAUCCAAUGCAAAGAUCACAAUUUGAUGAAUUACAAACAGCUUGGAAACAUCAAUGUGCUGCUGAUAUUAAAGGAAAUAGUUUAUCGUUUAAAUUUCUUUCAUCAUCGGGCAAUGAUUCAUCAUCGGCAUCCAAUGAUCAAUGCCGUAUAUGUGUGCCUUCAUUAGGUAUGUGUUUUACAACAGAUAAACUACAGCCAUUAUAUCUGCCAGGCAAUAUAUUUGGUAUAUCAAAAUUAACACGUCGGCUGACUAUGCAAGAUUAUAUACAAGUAUUGAUGGAUAAUGAUAAACAUAUGGAUGGUGAAUUGGUCACUAUGAUUAAUAAUAUUCAAUCAUCGCCAGCUUGCUAUAGACGUUUAAACGAAAAGACUAAUGAACCACAACAAAAUGGUUUAGACGUAAUCAUGGAUGAAAAAGUUCCAUUGGAUUUGUCACCAUCAGCUUUAGUAGAUAUAACAUUACAAUCUAAAACUGAUUCAGAAUCUAUUGUACGAGGUAUACUUAAUAAUUCAAUGAAAUAUAAUCAUGAAAAAGAGUCCGAUGAUUCAUCUUCAACAGUUGCUCGACUUUUAAAUGGCAAUGGGCAUAGUAUACAAAAUGGAAGUACAAGAUCGUCGACGGUAACAUCGCAAUUUCAAACAGAUCCAUCCAAGUCGAAUUCAACUCCAGCCAGCCAGGAAACGGCACAACAACAAGAUGUUGAUUUCUUAAAAAAAUAUAAAGCAGCCAAAGCUAAAUUAGAAUCUCAAUUAGAAUCAAUUCGAAGGCAAGAAAUAAUUGAUGGUACACAAACAAAUGAGCGAACAAGACGAAACACAAUAUUAAAUAAAUUAGCUCAAUUAGAACACAUCAAAAAUAAACAUUUUGCACGCCGACAUGCAUCGAAACGACCAACAAGUGCAACAGCAACAGCAGUACCUGUUAAUAAUCCAGAACAAAAAGAUUUUCUUAAUAGUUUGUUUUCAUCAUCAUCACCUCAAUCAGUUGGAUUAUUUUCGUUGGAUAAUACGAAUACAAGAAUAUCAUCGAUUCCGUCGCCGUUAUCAUCUUUAUUUGCUUCACCAAAUGAUCCAUUAUCACAUUAUUCAUCUAAUUAUCAAGAUCAACGAAAUUCAUCACAACAGUUCGAUCCCGGACAAACUUCGCCUUAUUUUGAUGUGAAAUCUCAAUUGUUUGAUGAAUUUCUAACAUCACCAUCAUCAACAUAUACACCGGUUAACAAUAACAAUAAUAACUCAUCAACAUCUCUACAUUCACAUAUGAACGCUUCAUAUCAAAGAACAACCAAUGAUUCAACAUCCCCUUCCUUUCCUAACCAUCAAAACACUACAACAUAUCCUUACUAA